AUGGCUUUUAAGUUCAUCUGCUUUGCAAGUGUUUUGGCUUUUGCCAGCGCUAUAGAGCCAACAGCACAAUACCACAAGGGAGCCUACGGCGUAGUACCUACUGUGUACAAAACCCACGUCGUCGAAGCUGAAGCGCCCGCACAAUACGAAUUCCAAUACUCCGUAAACGAUCAACACACCGGUGAUGUCAAAGAACAAAAGGAAAGCCGCAAUGGAGAUUCAGUCCGUGGACACUAUUCCCUCAUCGAUGCCGAUGGUCACAAAAGAACAGUAGAAUACAGCGUCGAUGGAGACAGUGGAUUCGUAGCUGUAGUACACAGAGAACCAGUACAUGGAUACGCCCCAGCUAAAGUUGUAACCAAAGUAGCUGCUGCUCCAGUAUACCAGGCCUACCAAGCUGCACCAACUCACGUUUAUCAACAACAAUACGAAGCACCAAAAGCUGCCCCAGUUGCUUACCAAACCUACUCCGCCCCUGCUGUUGCUAAAGUAGCUGCCCCAGUUGCCUACCAAACUUACACCGCCCCAGCUGUUGCCAAAGUAGCUGCCCCAGUUGCCUACCAAACUUACACCGCCCCAGCUGUUGCCAAAGUAGCUGCCCCAGUUGCCUACCAAACUUACACCGCUCCAGCUGUUGCCAAAGUAGCUGAACCAGUAGCCUACCAAACUUACACCGCCCCAGCUGUUGCCAAAGUUGCCACUCCAGUAGUGUACUCUCAAGCUCCAGUACACCAACAUGGAUACGCCACCCACACUGCUCCUUUGAGUGCAUUCAAGACCGUAGCUGCACCAGCCCCUGUUGUUAAAGUUGCUGCUGCCCCAGCUCCAGUUUACCAACAAGUUCACGCCGCUUCGGUUGCUAAAGUAACUUACCAACCAGUUGCUAAAGUAGCUGUCCCAGCCGAAGGACACUCAUACGUUACAUACUCAGGACCCAACUCAAGUUACCAAUACUAG